AUUGUCAUAUUGAUUGAAUACUAAAGUAAUCUUAUCUAUCUUUAUCUUCUCUUAGUGCAUCCCAAUGUGAGCCAGGGUUGCCAAGGGGGAUGUGCCACAUGUUCCGAUUACAAUGGCUGCAUAACAUGUAAACCAAGACUAUUUUUUGCUCUAGUAAGGAAUGGUAUGAAGCAAGUUGGGGUUUGUCUUUCAUCUUGUCCAAAUGGAUACUAUGGAAUGCGCUCUCCAGGAAUUAACGAGUGUAAAAGAUGUAAAGCUGACUGUGAAACAUGUUUCCACAAAAGCUUCUGCACGAAGUGUAAAGGUGGCUUUUAUUUGCACAGUGGAAAAUGUCUUGACACAUGUCCAGAUGGGUUUGAAAACAAUAAUCACAGCAUGGAAUGCAGUACUAUUGUACACUGCGCAGUCAGUGAGUGGAGUCCUUGGGGUUCAUGUACAAAGAGGGGAAAACAUGUGGUUUCAAGCGGGGCAAUGAAACAAGAACUCGUGAGAUACUACAGCACCCUUCAUCACGUGGCACACCUUGCCCGCCAACAAAUGAAACAAGAAAAUGCAUAGUGCAGAGAAAGAAAUGUUCAGAAAGGGUAAAGGGCAAAGAUGAGACAAAAAAGAACAAGCAGAGAAGAAAGGAAGGAGAUGUACAGAGGAAACAGAGGCAGAAAAAAAAACAAGAAAAACCUCAGCGAGGAGGAAGGAAAGCAACGAGAAGUCAAAGCCUAG